CGAGCUCUACCCUUCUGAUAUUUUAAAUAUCAGGGAUUGAGUGAAUGUUCCUCUUAGCGAGGAGUGAGAAGCCGACGGCGAGGAGAAAUCCUACGCGUAUAGGCAAAAGUCGGAACCAUCUUUAUUCGAAAUCACCCUGUUACAAUAUAUAAUUGAUCAAAUGAAAUGGUACAGUGUCAAGGAAAAUAAAAAUAAAUUCAUAUGCAACAAAAAUAUUCCAUUGAGUAUGGUUCCAUUUCAAGCAGAAACUUGAAGACUUCCCUCUUGAAAUUUUUGAUGUUGUCUAUUUUUUGAAUACUAGUUGGUAGUGAGUUGAAUAACUUUAAUGUUCUAUAUCUAGCCUGCUUCUGCGAAGUAGUAAGAUCAUGCCUGGGAUAUAGGUACUUUAAAUUUCUAGUUUCAUAGUAUGCCUUCUUAUUUCCAUAUUCUUCAAAUAGAUGUUUUUGAACAUAAAAAUGAGGCAUUGCUGGAUGUAUAUGUCAUAUAAUGUGAGAAUCCCAUUUUCUUUGAAGAGACCUCUGCAGGACUGCCUAUAACUGGUUUUACAUAGUAGUCUUAGGGCUUUUUUUUGUAUCCUUGAAUAAUGAUGUUAUAUUUCCUGAUCCAUAAAAUAUAAUUCCAUAUCGUAGUUUUGCUUCUAAAGUUGAAUAGUAUAAAAUUUUAAGUAUGUUACUAUUCAAAUAUUUGGUCAUAAUUCUGAGGCAGUAAAUGGAUGAUCCCAAGUUACUCCCUAAUCUUUGAAUAUGCUCUUUCCAAUCAAGAUGUUGAUCUAUAUAUACUCCCAGGAAUUUGGUUGAUUCUGACAUGGUAAAAUUAGAAAGUGUCGCUUCUGAAACUUAGAAUUGGUCGACUGUACCAUAUACUGGUCCACUGAAAUUGAUGCUGUAUCAUUCAUGAAGCCAAACUGCGCAUGUGGUAGGUUUCUCUAAUGGCUUAUUAUUAGACCCAAAAAUUGUUUCUCUCAUUUAAAAUGCAGAAUUGAUAUAACAGGUAGUAAUUUUUCAUUAAGAUAGUUAUUUCGGAUAUAUUUUUAAUGAGUAAAUUAAAGAAUAUAGUCUUGUAUGUUAUAGGGCAUUGAAUGAAAGAAAUUCAGGAUAGAGUUAUGACAACACCGCUCUUUUUUCCUGCUUGAGUUGAAAGAGGAGAGAUAGAGAUCUCUUUCUCACCACGUGACUCUCGAAACAACACGUUGCCAAUAUAAGUAAAGCUAAAAGUUAUAGAAUUAGAGGAAAUUUUGUGAGUCAACAUCAGGUUAUUCAAAUUUUAUUUUGUGUAUUAUCUUUGAUUAUACCAACAAUGGUUUCGCAAGUGUGAAAUUUGUGGAGAAGAAAUUCUAGUCCGAAUUUGAGGUUCCUAGGUAAGUGUAUUGUUAAAACAGAUGCAUCAAGUUGUUUAUGCGUUCAGUGGCGUAGAAACGCCACUAAUAAUAAUAAUAAUAUAAAGAAAAUAUAAGAAAGCUUUCAAUGUAAAUGUAUAACAGAAAAUGAUAAUUUUAGGUUCCUUGAUAACGAUGAAAAAAGACCAAUUAGGGCUUCCUUGCUGGGAUGGUCGGAUAUCUGCCCAAAUAAGAAAAUAAUUGUCAUUUGUUCAGAUCAUUUCGAUCCUAAUGAUAUCAAAACCAGAAUAAAUGGGAGAAGAUUCAUUAAACAAAAUACCAAUCCAUUAUCUUUACAUUCUCUAUUUGAAUAUUCUAGUAUAAUGUAAUGAUAAUCUUUAACUGCAAUACAUUAUCACCACAUAACAUACUUUAAGCUAUAGCUAUAUUCAAAAUGUUUCAGUGAUAACUCCUCAAAGACGGAAAGAAGUUCUAACUGAACAAGACAAAACAUUGUGGGCAUCAAGUAAUAACCCUGAUGAGAGUAAACUGGAGCAGAGAAAAUCUUCAUUCACACUCUCAGCAUCAGAAUGUGAAAAUGAAACAAGCAAGGUGGAAACGAAUGCGGAUAAAAUGCCCACAAAAAAGAGAAAGAGGGAAUACAUUGGAGAUUUGUCUAGUAGCGAUUUCUCAACUCCAGAGAAAAGAAGGAGAAGUCUUAAAAAUGUAAAAACCGUGAUUUCUCAGCAAAGGACAAAAAUACGUUCCUUAAGAACAAAAGUGAAAAGACAGAAACGCAGAAUCACUAAGUUGAAGAAUUUAGUGUCAUCUCUGAAUGAAAAAUAUCAGCUCACAGAAGCUUCACAGCAGGCAAUAUUAGCAUCAGUCCUUAAAACAGCAAGACAUAUUUUUAAACAGAUAAUGGGAGGACCAAGCAGGCAAAAAUAUGAUCCUAGUUUAGGAGCAUUUGUUCAGACACUGGCUUUUUAUUCUCCGCAAGCUUACAAUUAUGUAAGAAGAACUUUCAAUGGGAGUCUUCCUCAUUUAGGAAAUUUCAAAAUCUAUCAUGCUGUCGAUGGAAGUCCAGGGUUUACCAAAGAGACUUUGAUAGCUAUCACUUCAAAAAAUGACUUUAACUGAUCCUGUUAUCUGCAAUUUGGUAAUGGAUGAAAUGUCACACAGCAAAUAGAGUGGACAAGAAAAAAAAUUCAUUGGGUAUAUUGAUGUAGGUACUAACCUCGAUUCUGAUAAUUUACCGGUAGCGAGGGAGGUUUUAGUAUUUAUGCUUGUGUGCAUCCACAGCACCCUGCUGCUCGAUGGCCUGUCAGCAACUGAAAAGGCUGAGCUAAUUAAAAAAUGACUGAAUUUAUCAGUGAAAGUGGUAUUAUUAUAACUUCCCUAACUUUUGAUAGCACCGCAACAAAUAUCUCUAUGGCAGAAAAAUUGGGAAUGAAAUUCAGUGAUCACUCAAAUUUGAAAACUUUUUUUGUGGACCAAAAAGAAAUAUUCUAAUUUUUUUAGAUGCAUGUCACAUGUUAAAAUUUGUUUUGCUUCACAAUAAUAUAGAUAUGUGAUGAUCUUCACCGGUAUUUCAUCCUCUCCGCUGGUGUACCAUCAAUUGGAUUUCUUCUGUUGUUAUAGGUUUCAGAAACAUUGAGCGUUGGUUAUAACGAAUGUUACAAUCAGAGACAGGCCCUACACUGUUCAAUAAGCUAGGAAUAACAUUGAGAAGAAAAUCAUUGUACAUGUUAGCCACAUUUGAAGGGUUCUCCUCAAAAAAAGAACUGCCAUGAUAAUCCUCACCAACAACAUCUCUGUAAAUUCCCCACAUGCAUUUCAUCUUGUUAUCAGAUAGAGUAAAAUUUAAAACGGUAAAUUUCUGAGCGCUUUCUUGCUAAUAAAUUGUUGUAUUCUCUCUUGAAUGCAUGAUAGAUGUUUUUGGCCUCCGGACAAAACUGUUGAACCAACUGGAGUGCAGAGAGUUUAUUCCUAUAAUUGUCUACAUCCAAAUCACAUACUUCAUUCCUUCUAUGUUUC